AUGAAAUUCAUCAUUAUCAGCCAGCUCUUCCUCUGCCUGCUGAUGGGGACUUUUGUAGGUGCCAAGCCAGUCCAAGAAGAUGAAGAUCCCUUUGCGGAGCUGCCAGCCUUACCCUACUGGCCUUUCUCCACCACAGACUUCUGGUCCUAUUUCGAAUACUUUCAGACCCUGGGAGCCUACCACCAGAUCAAUGAUUUGGCCCGAACCUUCUUUGCCCAUUUUCCCCUGGGCAGUACCCUGGGUUAUGAUGUCCCUUUUCAGGAAGACUGA